AUGGUACAGCACACCCCCGUCCCAGAACGCGCCCAGCAAGGCCGAACCGGCGACCAGCCCUGGCCCAUGGACAUGACUUCGUGGAAAGUCCGCGGCGGUGCGGAGUGCCACUGCGCGGAAACCCGCAUCCACCGCCGUCUUCGUCGGCCCCUCGAGGUCGAGAGCAUGUACGGUGCCGCACUCUUGGUUGGAGCAAACGGCACCACGAUCAGCUCUACUCCGCCCCUCCUCGGCGUCGCAACGUGCUCUCAACGCCCGGCUCAACCACUCGGACACGGCAUCGGCAUCAAACGAAACCAUGCGGCAUCGCAUCGCAUCAUGCGGCAUCUUCACACCGCCGCAGCGCGUCAAAAGAGGCCCAAGACCGCAAGACACGCCCUCGGAUCGGAUCAGGCGGCGGACGGGCUGAUGUGCGUCGUCGCAGUGCGGGAGGAUCGAAAGAGGUGGCGACGGCGGGCGGGAGGAUUGGCCAACGGCCUUCCUGCCGUGCUUGCGCAAGGUGUUGAAGGAUCGUGA